AUGGACACGUUUUCUUAGGCCUGCGUUAGAACUUAACUGAAAGCGCUAGCUUGUUAACUUUAUCUCCGUUAAAAAUGUCAACAGUAUGCACAUCUGAAGAGACGAUAAAAACAAAUGUGUCGAUACAGAUAACUGCAAAAUGUGGACGUAACAUACAAGGGAAGAAGGGGGACAGUUUUCUGAGUUUCCUGCAGGUUUCGAUUGAAGAAAUGAACCUGGGGGAGUCAGGAAAGAAACAGGCCAACCCUGUGAAACACACUAUUGAUUACGACUUUACCUGCAGCUUUAAUCCACCAAAUGACGCCCAGUCUUUCAGUGACAUUCUCCAAAAGCCAGUCACAUUUACACUAGUGGAGAUCCUGCAUGAGGGGAAAAAAGGUGACGUGAAAACAGCGGUACUGGGCCAAGCUGUGGUGGACUUAUUUCCACUAGUGCAAGGUCAGUGCAGCUUUUUUAGUACAGUUCCAAUCAAUCCAUUGGUCAAUCCUGGGAUUAAAGAAUCUCGGCCGGGAAUCACCCGUAAGCAACCAACCCUGGAUGUUUAUGUCAGCGUGUCGGAACCUCUGCUCACUGAAGCCGAAUUAUCAACCUGUAUCAUCAUGAAGGUAACUUUGGAAACAGCGUAUUCACUGCCUGACACAUGGACGGUGCCGACUGGCUCAGGUCACAGCCCCUUUUCAUACUUAGCUGCCCUGGAGAUUCCACUAACUGCAGAACAUGAUCAAGUACUAAUGUUUUCUGAAGGCCAUCUGAAGCCAGGGGGGCAGAGGGAGGGCAAAGGCCGUCGGAAAAGGAGGCCCCUUCAGACUUUAUUGGUACCAGGGAAUCAGUUUUUACCUGGGUCAUUUUGCCAGCCAGAGCCCAUCGAUCAUGAGGAUGGAGAGCUUAAUGAUUACGAGGACCUGCUAUUCCGUGAUGAAGCAGAGAUUACAAAGAACAGAGUGAGCUGGGACACAGAGAUUCGAUGCUUCCUGGAUGCCAGUGGCGCUUCCAGAUUGAAAGAAAAAAUUACAGAGAGCCGACUGUGGCCAAUGGAAUUAAUGAGGACUUCGGUUCCACUAUCAAGGUUAGGUGAUGAGAACCCGGAGAUCCCCUUCCAUGGUUUGAUAUUUGUUGACAUGGGGCGGUUGUUGUUCCCUGGAGUCUCUCGCAUCAGAGGAGCAUACACUGUUCAUCCUUUCUAUGAGAGUGAGCUUCUGAACAAGACCAAGCGGAAAACCAGUGUGUUAAAGGAACAGGCUAAAGUAGCAACUGUCCUAGCCAAAUCUCGAGCAAGCUUAGCAGUAGCAACUCCCAAAAAAGGAGCAAAGAGCUAUGAAGCAAGCAGCAAGGGAGUCAAGGACCAGUCUAAAAAGCAGAGUGUCCUUCCAUCCAAGGCUACCAUACCUGAUGAAACUCCCGAUAGCGCAUCUGAAUCUGAGACAAAAGUCAAUGUAGAAGGAAAUAUGUACUUGGAAGCCAGAACAUAUGUUAUUUUUGAGAUGUCCUUGAAUAGACCACUGCUACCAAAACCAUCCCCUGAGGAAUUGGCUCGAAGGGUGAAGGCACUGAUCCCCCCUAAACCCAAACGUCCACCUGGUCCGAGCAGAGCAGAAAAGGCCGUGCUGGACUUCCACACCCAAGUAGAAAAUGCAGUGGCUGCUGUCUCUGCACAGUUUACCGAAUUAUUUGGAGCAAAUAGCAAGUUGCAGGAAAGCCUUAGCAAAGAGCAAAUUUUGGCUGAGGUGAUGGGAGGUCUUAAUGUCUCUGGAAGAUACUUCACCUUCAAGGAGCAGAUCAAGCAAGCAGUGAUAAAGAUUGUACGUGACAAAAUGCAGCGGUCCAAACCUCUCACUGAUCCUCAAGAGAUUAAAGAAUUUGUCAGCAAGCUCUAUGUCUACCUAGUGGAUGAAAUGCAUGUGGCUCUCAACAAGAUUUAUUCCAGUGAUGUGGCAGAAGACUGCACUGAUGAAAUGAAGUUGGAAUCUAGUCAGCUGAGACAUUUUGCUAAAGAGGCACAACUUACAGGCAAUUAUCAACAGGCGGCUCAGUACUACCAAGAGUUGGUGGUGAGGCACCCUGAUGAACCUUUGUACAAGUUUGAGUGGGGAAGUCUGUACAUGUUGAUCGGGGACUACAUGAAAGCAAAAGAGUGUUACUAUGAUGCUGUAUCCAUCCAGCAAACACACCAGCCCAGCCUGAUGAUGUGUGGGGUUGUGGCCGCAAUGUUUGAACGUUACAAUGAAGCUCUGACCUUCUUGGAGCGAGCCACCAUCCUAGAACAACCCAGUGUGGAGGCCUGGACACUGAUGGGUUUGAUCCAUUUAAGUCUAAAUGAAACCUUACUGCCUGAAAGAGCAUUUCUAGAGGCCAAAAAGAUUCUUGGGGAAGAGGAAGCAAACAAGGCAAAUGUAGAUGACAAGACUAAACCAAGCGAGGACAACACUGAGGAAGUGAAGGCCCAACAGGAUGAACAGGAGACAGAUAAUCCUGCACCACCUCCAACAGCUGAGCACGACCUUGAGUACCCAGACCAUGACAUGGAUGACAGCGGAGAGUCGUCAUGUCAUAGUGACAGAAUGUGGAAAAUGCCAACUAAAUUCACCGCUUCCAUUUUCACACAAACAGUGAAGUUCUUGCUGCAGAACAAUGCCCUACAGAUGGCAGAAUGCACUUUGUCCCAAGAGGUGCUGGGUUCUAAAGGAGGUUACACUGUUGCCUACUAUUAUAGCCAAGCCCAGUUACAGCUACUCAAAGGUGACUACAGCAGUGCUAUUGACAACCUGAAAGAAGCAUUGUUUUACAAAAGUCAGAACCCAGAUGCCUGGGCCUUGAAAGGUCACUGCCACUACCUGCAAGGCGCAUUUACUGAAGCCCGGGAGUGUUAUGAGUGGAGCAUGGUCUUUCCAGAACAACCUUCAGGCACUCACAUUGUUCUUCUUCGCCUGGGAGCUAUCUAUAUUCUUGAGGAAAAGUUUAUACAAGCCAAAGAAGUCUUCCUGCAGGCAUGUGAGCAGUCCCCAUCGUGCCUGACCUGGUUGGGCAUCGCCAAAGCCUGCUACAGGUUGGGGGAGCUGUGUGUUGCUGAGGAAGCUUUAGGGGUGGCCACUCUUUUGAACUCAGCAAAUGCAGAGGUGUGGGCUUACCUGUCUUUAAUCAGCUUUAAGUCUGGGCGACUAGAAGAGGGGGAUGAAUAUUAUAAAAAUGCAAUCUGUUUUGACUUGCAGGACUCAUCUCUGAUUGAAGAGAUCAGUGAGGCGAAGCAUCAGACUCGGAUGAGUAAACUGGCAUUGUGCUUCAAUGCAAGUUCUCAAGCAGAGGUUGAAACAGUUUAACAAAACACAUUUUAUGAAGACAGCAUUGCAUUAGACAUAUAUUUCAGAUAAAAUUUUAUUUCAUUUUUAUUGUGUCUUGAAAUAAAACAAAUGA